GGACUGAAAACCAAGUGAGGAGAUGAAAAUUGUACUGUACUACACCAGAGAAAACGGGGAUGAUAAACACCACAGAUAGAUCCUGAACAUUACCUGAGGAAUAAAUGUAGAAAAACAUUCACACUGUUUCCCUUCACAGCAUUGUGCAACACUGAGGAGGUUGGACAGUGAAACCUUUAUCUGGAAAUCAGUCGGAUCGGGGGAGUUUUGAUAUACCGUCAGAUCUGAAACUGGUCAGUGGUGUGGAGCCUUCCAUCAGAACCAACCUUUCUGAAGGAUCGGCUGUGGAUGAUCGAUCAGGGUGAGGCUGGGAAGAAGUGUGAGUGGCUCCAAGUGUGGUGAGAGCUUCAAUCAUUCAUCAAGCCUCAUGAACCACUGACUCAUUCCUGCAGGGAAGAGGCUGUUUGCAUGUGAGGUGAGAGACAGGAGCUCUACAUGCUUGUCGCACAACUGUUCACACAGGGACAGCUAAAUGGAAGAUAAACCGUUCAAGUGUGAAAUUUGUGACAAAACUUUUGUGGCUUCGUCCAACCUCCUGAGACACCAGAGGAUUCACACAGGAGAGAAACCCUUCAGGUGUAAGGUUUGUAAAAAAGCAUUCAUUCAAUCUUCGGAUCUUCUGAAGCAUGAGAGAAUUCACACAGGGGAGAAACCAUUUACAUGUGAGGUGUGUGACAAAUCAUUUGCAGACUCAUCGGCCCUUCGCAAACACCAACGUAUUCACACAGGGGAGAAACCAUUUACCUGUGAGUUGUGUGAUAAAUCAUUCUCAGACUUAUCGACCUUCCGUAGACACCAACAUGUUCACGCUGGGGAGAAACUAGUCACAUGUGAGGUGUGUGACAAAUCAUUCUCAGACUCAUUGGUCCUCCACAAACACCAAUGCAGUCAUACAGAAGAGAAACCAUUCCUGUGUGAGGUGUGUGACAAAUUAUUCUCAGAUGUAGCAGGUCAACAUGUGCACCAACACACGCACACAGGCAAGAAACUCUUUGUGUGUAAAGGAUGUGACAAAUCAUUCUCAGACAUAGCAGCUCUCUGUGAACACCAAAGCCUCCACACCCAGAACAAACCAUUCACAUGUGAAGUGUGUGACAAAUCAUUCUCACAAUUAACAAACCUCCGUGCCCAACGACACACUCACACAGGGGAGAAACCAUUUGUGUGUGAGGUGUGUGACAAAUCAUUUUCGCAGUCAUCAAGUCUCCGUGUCCACCGACACAUUCACACAGGAGAGAAACCAUUCACAUGUGAGAUAUGUGGCAAAUCAUUCUCGCAGUUAACAAACCUCCAGACACACCAACGCAUUCACACUGGAGAGAAACCCUUCAAGUGCGAGGUGUGUGACAAAUCAUUCUCACAGUCGUCAAUCCUCCACGCACACCGACACAUUCAUACAGGAGAGAAACCAUUCACAUGCAAAGUGUGUGAUAAAUCAUUUUCGCAUUUAACAAACCUCCGUGCUCAUGAACGCGUUCACACCGGAGAAAAACCAUUCUUGUGCAAGGUUUGUGACAAAUCGUUCUCGCAUUUGACAAACCUUCACACACAUCAGCGCGUCCACACAGGUGAGAAACCAUUCGUGUGCAAGAUCUGCGACAAAUCAUUCUCACAGUCAUCAAUGCUCCGCAUACAUCAACAUAUUCACACCGGGGAGAAACCAUUCACGUGCGAGGUGUGUGACAAAUCAUUCUCACACUUAACAAACUUCCGCACACACCAUCGCAUUCACACCAGGGAGAAACCAUUCACGUGCGAGGUGUGUGACAAAUCGUUCUCACAAUCAUCAAUCCUCCGUAUACAUCGACAUGUUCACACGGAGCAAAAACCAUUCACGUGUAAUAUGUGUGGCAACUCAUUCUCAAGGUCAUCCUAUCUUUUGCUGCACCAGAGAAUGCACACAGGGCAGAAACCAUUCACAUGUGAGGUGUGUGAUAAAUCAUUCUCGAUCUUAUCAAACCUACGGGUACACCAACGGAUUCACACAGGAGAGAAACCAUUCACAUGUAUGGUGUGUGACAAAUCAUUCUUAGACUUAUCAAACCUCCGCAAACACCAACGCAUUCACACAGGAGAGAAGCCAUUCACAUGUGAGGUGUGUGACAGAUCAUUUUCAUCAUCAUCACACCUCCAUGGACACCAACGCAUUCACACAGGAGAGAAACUGUUCACUUGUGAGGUGUGUCAGAAGUCAUUCUCAGACUCAUCAAGCCUCUGCAGACACCAACGCACUCACACUGGGGAGAAGCCAUUCGUGUGCAAGGUGUGUAACAAGUCAUUCUCAGAUUCAUCAAACCUUCGCGGACAUCAACGCAUUCACACAGGAGAGAAACCGUUCACCUGUGAAGUGUGUGACAAAUUGUUCUCCACACUAUCACAGCUCCUUGUCCAUCAACGUGUCCACACUGGGGAGAAACCAUUCACGUGCAAGGUGUGUGACAGGACUUUCUCAAGGUCAUCGAACCUCCUAGUCCAUCAGAGGUUGCACACAGGGAAAAAGCCAUUCAAGUGCGAAGUGUGUGAUAAAUUAUUCUCAACGUCUUCACUCCUCCUUGUGCACCACCGCAUUCACACGGGGGAGAAACCAUUCUCAUGCAAAGUGUGUGACAAAUCGUUCUCAGAGUCAUCAAACCUCCGUGUACACCAACGCAUUCACACGGGGGAGAAGCCAUAUAGGUGCGAUGUGUGUGGCAAAUCAUUCUCAACGUCAUCAACCCUUCGCCUCCACCAACGCAUUCACACAGGGGAAAAACCAUUCACAUGCGAGGUAUGUGACAAAUCAUUCUCAAGGUCAUCAAAUCUCCUGCUUCAUUGGAGAAUUCACACAAGAGAGUAACCAUUCAAGUGUUUGUAACAAAACUUUUCUAACAUCUUCAAAUCUCCUGGGACAUGCAGGAGAUGCACAAAGUGCUCUUCAGUUACAUUUGUUGUGGCAAGGCUCUCAGAUAAUUAAACAAUCCUUUACUCAAACGGGGAGAAAAUCUGUCAAUCUGAGUUGAGUAAUAAAGGGUUCAUACAGUUGUUGGACCUCAUGGUACAUCAUCAAAACUUGCCAAGUUCUUGUCAAUCUGUAAUUGAAACGGUAACAAUAUUCCUAUCAAUCUGGGGUUUAAAGGUUCAAUUGACCACAGCCACAACUGAUUUUUGGUGUCAGAAUUCCAGAAUCCCAGUCACUUUUUUUGUGAAGACCUAUUUGCUUACAUCACCUCUGAACAACCUUGUUCUAAUUUUAAUGCUGUGCCCCUUCUUCCAAGUUUAAAUUAAAGUUCUGAGAGGGAUUUUGAAUCAUUUUGAAAUGCUUUUGUGUUUUGAUACAAGCUGAAUAUUGUUCUGCUUGCCUGCUGUUCUUGCAUUAACAACUUCACAGCUAGAGAAGUUACCAUUGUCAAGGAGGGUCUGCCUACUGAGUCAGUAUGGUGGAAAUUAGUACAUUAAUAUGUUGGAAAUAACAGUAAAGGAGCAGUCACCACAUUAGGGGUUUACUACAGGCCCCCCAAUAGCAGCAGGGAGAUUGAAGAAAGCAUAGGUAGGCAGAUUUGGAAAAGUGUGAAUGUAGUAGGGUUGUUGUAAUGGGUGACUUUAACUUUCCCAAUAUUGAUUGGAACCUCCUUCGAGCAGAUGGUUUGGAAGUAGAUGUUUUUGUAAGGUGUGUUCAGGAGGGUUUCCUAACUCAGUGCAUUGACAGGCCAACGAGGGGAAAGGCCAUUUUGGAUUUGGUGCUCGGCAAUGAGCCGGGGCAGGUGUCAGAUCUUGCGGUGGGAGAGCAUUUUGGUGUUAGUGACCACAACUGCCUCACGUUCUACACAGCUCUGGAGAAGGAGAGAAGCAGGCACAAUGGGAGGAUAUUUAAUUGGGAUGCUACCAGACGUGAGUUGGGAAGCAUGGACUGGGAGCAAUUGUACCAUGGAAAGGGCACUAUAGACAUGUGUAGACUGUUUAAGGAACAGUUGUUGAGAGUGAUACAUAAAUGCGUUCCUCUGAGACAGGCAAGAAGGGGUAAGAUAAAGGAACCUUGGAUGACGAGAGCGGAGGGGCUUCUUGUCAAAAGAAAGAAGGCAGCUUACGUAAGGUGGAGGAAGCAAGGGUCUUGCUCAGCUCUAGAGGAUUACAGGCAGGCGAGGAAGGAGCUCACAAAUGGUCUGAGGAGAGCCAGGAGGGGGCAUGAAAAAGGCUUGGCAGGAAGGAUUAGGGAGAAUCCAAAGGCAUUUUACACGUCUGUGAGGAAUAAGAGAAUGAUCGAAGAAAGAGUAGGGCCGAUCAGGGAUAACAUAGGGAACUUGUGUAUAGAGUCUGAGGAGGUAGGGGAAGCCCUAAAUGAGAUUUUUGUUUCUGUCUUUAGAAAAGAAAAGGACCUUGUAGUGAAUGAAACCAUUGAGGAGUAGGUAAGCAUGCUGGAACGGAUAGAGAUUGAGGAAGCUAUGUGCUGAAAAUUUUUAUAAACAUUAAGAUUGAUAAGUCGCCAGGGCCAGACCAGAUUUAUCCUCAGCUACUUUGAGAAGCGAGAAAUGUGAUUGCUUCGCCGCUUGCGAAGAUCUUUGCAUCCUCGCUCUCCACCGGAGUUGUACCUGAGGACUGGAGGGAGGCAAAUGUAAUUCCUCUCUUCAAGAAAGGAAAUAGGGAAAUCCACGCCAAUUACAGACCAGUCAGUCUCACGUCUGUCGUCUUCAAGGUGUUAGAAAGGAUUCUGAGGGAUAGGAUUUAUGACCAUCUGGAACAGCAUGGCUUGAUUAAAUGCAGUCAGCAUGGCUUUGUGAGGGGCAGGUCAUGCCUUAUGAAUCUUAUUGAGUUCUUUGAGGAUGUUACUGGACAAGUUGAUGAGGGUCGAGCAGUGGAUAUGAUAUAUAUGGACUUCAGCAAGGCAUUUGAUAAGGUUCCCCAUGGUAGACUUGUUCAGAAGGUCAGGAGGAAUGGGAUACAUGGAAAUUUAGCAGUCUGGAUACAGAAUUGGCUGGUCGACAGAAGACAGCGAGUGGCAGAGGAAGGAAAGUAUUCUGCCUUGAAGCCAGUGGUGAGUGGUGUUUUACAGAGCUCUGUUCUUGGGCCUCUACUCUUUGUAAUUUUUAUUAAUGACUUGGAUGAGGAAAUUGAAGGAUGGGUUAGCAAGUUUGCAGACGACACAAAGGUUGGAGGUGUCGUUGACAGUAUAGAGGACUGUUGUAGGCUGCAUUGUGACAUUGACAGGAUGCAGAGAUGGAUAGAGAGGUGGCAGAUGGAGUUCAACCUGGAUAAAUGCAAAGUGAUGCAUUUUGGAAGGUCGAACUUGAAAGCUGAGUACAGGAUUAAAGCCAGGAUUGUUGGCAGUGUGGAGGAAUAGUGGGAUCUUGGUGUGCAGGUACAUAGAUCCCUUAAAAUUGCCACCCAAGUGGACAGGGUUGUUAAGAAGGCAUAUAGUGUUUUGGCUUUCAUUAACAGGGAGAUUGAGUUUAAGAGCCGUGCGAUCUUGUUGCAGCUCUAUAACACUUUGGUUAGACUGCACUUGGAAUACUGUGUCCAGUUCUGGUCACCCUAUUAUAGGAAAGAUGUGGUUGCUUUGGAGAGGAUUCAGAGAACGUUUACCAGGAUGCUGCCUGGAAUGGAGGGCCUACCUUAUGAAGAGAGGUUGACUGAGCUUGGACUUUUUUCAUUGGAAAAAAGAAGGAAGAGAGGGGACCUAAUUGAAGUGUACAAGAUAAUGAGAGGCAUAGGUGGAGUUGAUAGCCAGAGACUUUUUCCCAAGGCAAAAAUUGUUAACACGAGGGGUCAUACUUUCCGCCAAACGGCUUAAAACUAUAGAGGGGAUGUCAGAAGCGGGUUCUUUACACAGAGAGUUGUGGGAGCAUGGAAUGCGUUGCCAGCAGCAGUUGUGGAAGCGAGGUCAUUGGAGACAUUUAAGAAACUGCUGGACAUGCAUAUGGUCACAGAAAUUUGAGGGUUCGUACAUUAGAUUUACCUUACGUGAGGAUCAAUGGUCAGCACAACAUCGUGGGCUGAAGGGCCUGUUCUGUGCUGUACUGUUCUAUGUUCUAACUUAAGAACCAGGUGCAGGAAUAGGCUAUCUGGCCCUUUGAGCCCACUCCCCAAUUCAAUAAGAUCAUGGCUGAUCUUCUCUAUAUACUUAUAAUCAAUAAUAAAUCACAAUUUUUCAUCAUCCAUCAACAUGGUGUGUUCCUAUUCAUGAAUGAUUCAGGAUCAUACGUAACAGUUUUGCACAUAAUAAAUUGGUCAAUGUCAUUCUGGGCUGGGAUAUUUUUGCUACUGAGCAUUGCACUCGCUGAUGUGAUCCUUCAUCUUAUUUCUCACAUUUGGCCAGUAGAUCAUAUCUCUUACCUUCUUCAGACUAGACUCGAUUCCUUGAUAGUUUGUGGGGAAUAUUCUGGUAUCAGCAGAGAUGUCACAGUUGUCGAAGACUCAUCCUUAGGUGUUAAAAGGCUGGCAGGUUGGAUGGAAUGUUGAAUCUCCACAUUGAUGUCAGCUGUGGAUGAGAGUACCUUCUCAGGUGGGAGAAUUGUUCCACGUUUUAGAAGAUUUAUCCAUUGAUCGUAAUGGAAGAAAGGACUGGAACUUGACUUGUGACAGGUUGCUUCAGGAUUUGAGAGAUUUUUGAGAGUAAGGCUGCGACCAAUUCUUCUGUAUACUUCUGCACAAGUGUUAAGCGAGGCUUGAUGACUCUCUUCUGAGAGAUUAGAGAUGGCAUUGUCGUCCAUAGACUGAGGUUUCAAAAGCGAGGUUUGAGUCAUCUCAGAGUACAGUAUAUCCAAAAAUGUAGUUUUUUUUAAGAACGGUCACUGUUGGAAACAUAUGAUUUGUGCAGAGCAAGCUUCCAUUACAGCAAUGUAAUAAUGACCAGACAGUCUGUUUUAUGCUGGUGCUUAUUGGGCAAUUUUAAAAGGAUCCUGUAACUUUUGAAGGGCAGCACGGUGGCACAGUGGUUAGCACUGCUGCCUCACAGCGCCAGGGACCUGGGUUCAAUUCCCGACUCAGGCGACUGACUGUGUGGAGUUUGCACGUUCUCCCCGUGUCUGCAUGGGUUUCCUCCGGGUGCUCCGGUUUCCUCCCACAGUCCAAAGAUGUGCUGGUCAGGUGAAUUGGCCAUGCUAAAUUGCCCGUAGUGUUAGGUAAGUGGUAAAUAUAGGGGGUCUGGGUGGGUUGCGCUUCGGCGGGUCGGUGUGGACUUGUUGGGCCGAAGGGCCUGUUUCCACAUUGUAAGUAAUCUAAUCUUUUAAAAACACUAAAUACACAGUUGAACACCCUGCGCUGCAUUUCUUUAAUCUGCAGAUUCUGAGUUUUUACAGGAAUCAGUACAAUAACAAUGAGUCUGGGAAGUGUGUCCCACGGUCAGCAUUGCAGUGAAGUAGCCUGGAAGGGUGUCCCACACUCAGCAUUGCAGUAAAGCAGCCUGGGAAAGGUGUCCCACGGUCAGCAUUGCAGUGAAGCAGCUGCAGAAGGAUGAGGGAUUGUCAUACAAAUGUUCCUUUACAAAGUAAGUCUGAGAAAGUUCCAGUGGUUUUGUCAUGGUUCAUCCCAAGCAGCUCCGUGGUGAAGGGGUCUACUGUAAUGUGUUCCCUGGGCCACACAUCAAGACAAACACUGAAUGCCUCUGGAGGACCAUCAACUUAGUGAAAGAUGCUCUCUGGUCUGCCCAAAACGUGUUGGUCUUCUCAAAUAAGGAAUUGACCGCAAUCCAAUGUUGCAGACUGGCACGUUCCAAGGUCCAGCACUGAAGCUUGAGGCAGCUGCUGCCAAGGUGCAGUAGCGAAAGACCAUUAUCUGAAGCAUUUCUGCUGAAGAGGGGGCCCUUUCAGUUAUCGGGACCUCCUAGUGCCUCAAUGCACGUAAAUAUAAUCUUGUUUAUGUAAGAAAUGUCCUUGGUUUGUUUGAAUUGAGUAAACUCCAGUGUUUGUUUCCUUGAUAUUCUACUGUACAGAAACAAACUGCAUUUGUGACUGUAUAUGUACACAAAGAUAUUUUUGCAAUAAAGUAAAGCAGUCUGGGAAGA